CCGCGGGAACAGCGUAAACAAACCAAUGUUUACAAAGCCUCAGCUGUGAUGUCGCAGCCGCCUAUUUGAACUUCGGAGCCAACAGCUGAGAGCAUGGCAGUGACAACCAGUGUUAAGAACUUCUUGAAGAACAAGCACAUAGCAGUGCCAGAUGAGUGGAUUGCAGCCUGUGUCGAGUGGGUGCAGGCGGAGAAUCCAGGAUUAAAUCCUGCAUGGGAACCUAAGCCAUCGAGAAUGCUCAUGAUGCAGUUGACGGAUGGCACAAGUGUUGUACAGGGGAUGGAGUACCGAGUGAUUCCAGCACUGAACCAUAACCUGAAGCCUGGUACAAAGAUUCUCAUUUCGGGAAACAUUACCUCAAGGCACGGGGUACUUCUGCUAACCCGUGAGAACAUGACUGUGUUAGGUGGAGAGGUAGAGUCCUUACUCGUAACAAAUGCUCUGGAAAAUGUUCUUGCUCGAAAACUUGGCAUGGAAGAGACACAGCAGCCACAACAGUUUGAGGAUGUAGCCCCCACCCAAGUUCCUCCAAGCCAAGCCUCUCAGUACUAUCCAUCGCAGUUAAAUCCUACAAUAAACCGGUCCCAAAACAACAGGGUUGGAGGACUUCAAACUGUGGCAGUCAACAGGUCACAGAAUAAUGUUACACCUGUACCAGCAAAUGACUUGGAUGACCUGGGUGAUGAUGAUUUCCUUGAUGCUGAAUUUGAGGCAGCCUUAAGUCAGAUAGAGAGCCAGGCAUCAUCUUCAGGUAGUCAGAAUGGACAUAUGAGGACUAACAGUAAUAAUCAGAGAGAUGCUGGGCAUAACAGAAACAAUGCUAAUGCAAGAACAGCGAAUGCUCAGGCUGGAAAUAGAAACUCAGGUGUUGAUGAAGACUUUGAGAUGGAUGUUGAUGAUUCUUUCUUCAAUGAUGAUUUUGAUGAAGAGGUCGUCCUGGCAUCUGGGAGACAGGCAAAGCAGCAGUCUACAUCUAAACCAUCCUCAAGUGGGUCUUCUCAGCAAAGAAACUCAUUUCAGACAGCUUCUUCAAACCCUUUCACUGGCACAUCAUCCAAAAGCUCAAGUUCACAAGCAAGACCAAGUUUAAGUCAGGCUGCUAGAGCAAAAAUCACCAAGCCUCCAGCAAAGCAGUCGAGUCUCAAGAACUUUCUCACUAGACCUGAAGAAUCAGAAAAGGUUACUGGAAGAUCUAACUCACCUUCUGUCUACACUAUAGAUGAUGAUGAUUUUAUGGAUGAUAUUUCCCUAGACGAUGAUUCCAUGAACUCCUCUGUUUCCAAAGUUUCUGCAAAUCAGUCUUCAGCAUUAAAGUUGAAAAAUGCUUCAUCAGGCAAGGUUAAAGAAUUCAAAACUCCAGGAGUUCCAGUUAGCAAGAGGCAAGAACACAGGAGUGUAGCUGACACUGUGAAACAAGAGCCACCUUUCAGCUACUUGUGCUUCUUGCCAGAAAGUCCUGCAGUGACAAAGGAAAUUGUUGUAAAGGGCUUCAUCAUGACCUUGACUUCACGACUGGAACAAGUGGAAGGCAAGUGGAAACUGACAGUCAUCAUCAACGAUGGAACAGCUUCAUGUGAAGUGGAUAUUGAGGACCAGAUCCUGCAAAACCUUAUUGGUAUGAGCACAGAGGAAAUGAACAUGAAGAAAAUUGAGGCAAGGACCAACCCAGCCCUGAAGGCACAGCUGGCUAAGGCAGUAAGUGGUUGUCAACGUCAGCUGAUCUCACUCUGUAGUCUUCUUCACAUCAGAGUGUCUCCAGGCUCAGCAAGGCCCAAGCUAACAGCCAUCAAUCCUGUUCAGAAUUCAAUGGUACAGCAAUUAACACAGAGGAUAUGUAUGUUUUCUUAGAAAUAAGGGUGUACAUCUUUAUUAUAAAUUCAAAUAUUUCCUUGACCUCAAGUUAUAUGAAGAAUUUAAAAUGUUAGAAUGUAUACAUAUAGUUAUUUGAUGUACUUCAGAGUAGAAUAUAUUUUAAACUGUG